GCGAACAUCACUAGCUUAUCCUCUGCUCACAUACCGAUACAGCAGCGGGCUAUUGUAACACCGUUUUGUCUCUUUUUGACAUUUAGGCUCGCAUUUAAGCUGGACCAUGGAGACAGCCCGGGUGUUGCUGUGUGUCCUAUCCGUGUUUGUUGCUCUAGUUUCGGAGAGGUUUAUGGUGCUGGCGUCCUUCUCUCAGUCUCUGGAUAGCGACUUCACAUUCACUCUACCCGCCGGUCGAAAGGAGUGUUUCUACCAGACUAUGAAGAAAGAUGCCUCACUGGAAAUAGAAUAUCAGGUAUUAGAUGGUGCAGGUCUCGAUGUAGACUUCUUCAUCUCCUCUCCUUCAGGCCAAAUACUGUUCAGUGACUAUCACAAGUCGGAUGGAGUGCACACCGUUGAAACUGAAGAUGGAGACUACAUGUUCUGCUUUGACAACUCCUUCAGUAGUGUCUCAGAGAAGCUCAUCUUCUUUGAGUUGAUCAUGGACAACAUGGAUGCAGAUGAGGAUCCAGAUGACUGGAAGGAGUAUGUCCACGGAACAGACAUGUUGGACAUGAAGCUAGAAGACAUCAUGGACACCAUCAACAAUGUGAAGGCUCGGCUGGGCAAAAGUGUGCAGAUCCAGACUGUGCUGCGAGCAUUCGAGGCUCGCGACAGGAAUCUCCAGGAGAGUAACUUCGACAGGGUGAACUUUUGGUCGGUGGUCAAUCUCAUUGUUAUGAUGUUGGUAUCAACAGUUCAGGUCUACCUAGUCCGCUCGCUGUUUGAUGAUAAAAGGAAAAUUCGUACAUAACACCAUCCCAAAUGGGGGAGACAGAACGAGAAACUAAUGUGCUUGUUCUCAAAUACUUUCAUCCUUACUUGAUGACAUAUAUACAUAUGCACACAGACAUUUUGACAUUCUUAACAACAAAUUAGCCACAGUUUGCUCUAGUCUUCAGUCCACUGGAGUUUCUGGGACAGCCCUGCUGUGGGACAAGAACUGUCAGCCCCUCUACUUGUCAACCCCUGUCUCUUUACUCGAAUAAGUCUCUGUCUCUCUUUAAAUCUUGUAUAUUCUUUUAUAGACCUCCUUUAGCUGCUGUAAUUCUUCACAAAAAAAGUGACAUAACAAUCAUGCUUAUGAUGUGACUAUUUUUCUAACAGAACCUAAGGUUACAAGGCCAGUGGCCAAUUGCAAAAAUGUCCGUUUUUUACAUUGGACAUGUUUUAUAUUUGAGUGUUAAGCUGAGCUAAAUGAAGAAGUUGUAUUGGUGUCUGAAGAAUUUGAUUUAUUUUUCCCAAACCAGAGUGGUAAGUGCAACCGAUCUGUCAACUUGUCUUCCCCACACAUUAGUUGUACACUCAAAAAAUGAUCUUUGUGUCACUGAGAUGCCUUAGUGGUUUUUUUGUAUUUGGCUGCUAGCCAUUUGCAACUUUGUGAGGCCUUGAAAUAUUUCUGUAAUUGCCAUAAACAUUCAUGUUAAUAGAUUUCAGUCACAAAUUCCCCUUAAUGCCAUUCCUUGGCACCCAAGGAACAGUGGAGUAGGAGAAAUGGAAAUUGGCCAUCUCCAAAUCUCUUAAUAACUACUGUCCUAUUUCUCUGCCAUGACAUGUGGGCUUGUGGCCUAAAUGGCAGCCAGCUCUGCUACUCUCCACUGUGAAACCUCACUGCUGUCGGGUGUCUACUUACAGCCAACUAGUGUGUGAAGAUGUUGAGUCUGCUCAUCUCUCUGGUGACAAAGUCUAUUUCUAACUUUACUGACACCUGGAAGGUCAUUACCACUGCUACACUGGAGCACUGCUCAGCUUAAUAUGCAUGAGCCAUUCAUUGCCUUGGCUACAUCAGUAUUU